AUUCAUUCAUAGCGUCUUCCAAAAUCAGAUAUCAGGGUUUUCAUAGUAUCAAAUUGCACCAAAAUGAGUGUAAAAGGUGACUAAAUAACUGAUCGCCGGCCGGAAUCUGCAUCUCCGACGGCGGAGGAGUUCGUUUUGCAGCUCCGAUCAUCCUUUUUCCGAUGGAGUUUCAGUACGUUGCAGAAACGUUAAAGGAACGUGAAGAACGGUUAAAAGAGAUGAAUGUUGAGUUGAAAAUGAAGGCGGAAGAGGAGAAACGUGUACUGGUGAUGGAGAAUGUGAAGUUAAAGGAUGAGAUUGAUGCGAUUAAGAAGUUGAAUGGUGAGUGUAAGGGGAAGCUUAGGGUUUUAAAGUGGAACUUGAAGAAGAAAGAGGAUGACAUUGAUGCAGUGAGGAAAGUGAAUGGUGAGUAUGAGGUGAAAAUUAGGGUUUUAGAUGAUGAGCUGGAGAAGAAACAGAGUGAGAUUGAUGUGAUGAGGAAGGUGAAUGGUGAGUAUGAGGUGAAAUUUAGGGUUUUAGAUGAUGAGUUGAAGAAGAUGCAAGAUGAGAUUGAUGCAAUGAGGAAGGUGAAUGGUGAGUGUGAGGUGAAAUUUAGGGUUUUAGAUGAUGAGUUGAAGAAGAAGCAAGAUGAGAUUGAAGCAAUGAGGAAGGUGAAUGGUGAGUAUGAGAUAUUAUUCAGGGGUUUAAAUGAUGAGUUGAAAAAGCAACUAAACGAGACUAAUGCAGUGAUGAAGACGAAUAAUGAGUAUGAGAUGAAAUUAAGGGUUUUAAAUGAUGAAUUGAAGAAGCAACAAGAUGAGAGUGAUAAGGUGAGGAAGGUGAAUGAUGGGUAUGAGAGAAAAUUUAGGGGUUUAAGUUGUGAUUUGAAGAAGAAAGAGAACGAGAUUGAUGCGAUGAAAAAGGCGAAUGGUGAGUAUGAGGUGAAAGUUAGGAGUUUAAAUGAUAAGUUGAAGAUGAAACAGAACGAAAAUGAUGCGAUGAGAAAGUUGAAUGGUGAGUAUGAGAAGAAACAAGCGGAGAUUGAAGCAAUGAGAAAGGUGAAUGGUGAGUAUGAAAGAAAGUUUAGGGUUUUAGAUGACGAGUUGAAGAAGCAACAAGAUGAGAGUGAUGCGUUGAGGAAGGUGAAUGAUGGGUAUGAGAGAAAGUUUAGGGUAUUAAAUAAUGAGUUGAAGAAGCAACGAAGUGAAAUUGAUGAAACGAAGAAGGUGAAUACUGAGUAUGAGGGAAAAUUUAGUGGUUUAAGUGAUGAGUUGGAGAAGAAACACGAGGAGAUUGAAGCAAUGAGGAAGGUGAAUGGUGAGUAUGAGAUAUUAUUUCGGGGUUUAAAUGAUGAGUUGAAAAAGCAAUUAAAUGAGACUGAUGCAGUGAUGAAGGUGAAUGGUGAGUAUGAGAAGAAAUUUAGGGUUUUGGAUGAUGAUUUGAAGAAGAAAGAGAACGAGCUUUAUGCGAUGAAGAAGGUGAAUGGUGAGUAUGAGGUGAAAGUUAGCGGUUUAAAUGCUGAGUUGGAAAAGAAACAAUGGGAGAUUGAAGCAAUGAGGAAGGCGAAUGAUGAAUAUGAGAUGAAAUCAAGGGUUUUAAAUGAUGAGUUGAGGAAGCAAGAAGAUGAGACUGAUGCGGUGAGGAAGGUGAAUGAUGAGUAUGAGAAAAAGUUUAGGGGUUUAACUUGUGAUUUGAAGAAGAAAGAGAACGAAAUUGAUGCGAUGAUGAAGGCGAAUGGUGAAUAUGAGGGGAAAGUUAGGUGUUUAAAUGACAAGCUGAAGAAGAAACAGAACGAGAUUGAUGCGAUGAAGAAGUCGAAUGAUGAGUAUGAGAAAAAGUUUAGGGGUUUAACUUGUGAUUUGAAGAAGAAAGAGAACGAGAUUGAUGCGAUGAUGAAGGCGAAUGGUGAAUAUGAGGGGAAAGUUAGGUGUUUAAAUGACAAGCUGAAGAAGAAACAGAACGAGAUUGAUGCGAUGAAGAAGUCGAAUGAUGAGUAUGAGGUGAAUGUUAGGGGCUUAAAUGAUGAGUUGGAGAAGAAACAAGAGGAGAUUGAAGCAGUGAGGAAGGCGAAUAGUGUGUAUGAGGGGAAAUUGAGCGGUUUAAAUGAUGAGUUGAAGACGAUAAAAAAGGUGAAUGGUGAGUAUGAGAGAAAGUUUAGGAUUUUAGAUGAUGAGUUGAAGAAGAAACAAUUUGAGAUUGAUGUGAAGAGGAAGGUGAAUGGUGAGUAUGAAGGGAAAUUUAGGUGUUUAAAUGAUGAGUUGAAGAAGAAACAGAACGGGAUUGAUGCGAUGAAGAAGUCGAAUGAUGAGUAUGAGGUGAAACUUAGGGGCUUAAAUGAUGAGUUUAAGAAGAAACAAAACGAGAUUGAUGUGAUCAGAAAGGUGAAUGAUGAGUAUGAGAUAAGAUUUAAGGGUUUAAACGAUGAGUUGAAGAAGCAAAAAAACGAGAUUGAUGCAAAGACGAAUCUGAUUGCAGAGUACGUGAUCAAAUUCAGUGUUUUAAGUCUUGACUUGAAGAAGCAAGAAAACGAGAUUAAUGAAACGAGGAAGGUGAAUAGCGAGUUUGAGAUGAAAUUUGAGGUUUUAAAUGAUGAGUUGAAGGAGAAACAAAAUAAGAUUGAUGCAACGAAGAAGGUGAAUGGUGAGUACGAAGAGAAAUUUAGGGGUUUAAAUGAAGAGUUGCAGAAGCAACAAAACGAGAUUGAUGCAAUGAGGAAGGUGAUUGUUGAGUACGAGAACAAAUUUAAGGUUUAUGAGAAACGACCUUCGGAAUUUGAUGCUCUGGUUUUCAGUUCAGAGAAUUUUGCUAUGAAAUCAUUGAUCGCUUCAAGGAACGAACAAAAAGACUGUGCUGGAAGCUAUAGAAUGCCACUGUUUAGUAAAAAGGACUCCAUGCAAAAAACAGAUCCCAAGUUGCAUGAGAUCAUUCAGAUUGAUGAUGAUGAUGAUGUCGAUGCUGAUCGAGAGCUGACGUACUCAACAAAUAAAAGAAGACGGGUUUCUGAUGAAACCAAAACCGAGCUGACGUACACAUCGCAGCUUUUUAACAAAUGCCAAUACAAAAGUGAUUCUUUCUUCCCUAAUUUAAGAAGUCAAGAACAAAGGUCUGAUGAUUAGACAUGAAACCCUGAAAUGUCUGUAAAUAGUUGUAUUUAACUAUGUUUUUUUAGGUUUUUGCAUCAUCAUGAAGGUAGAUCUGAUCUAACAAAUUAGUGUAGUUGGGAGUAUGAAACCAGCUUAUGGUUUAUAGGGUUGAUGUUAACUAUGUUUAUGAGCUGUAUUUAACUAUUUAUCCGUAAAGCUUUUAAAUUUAUCGAUGAUUUA